AUGUAUGCUUCCUCAAUUGAAUGUGAUGAGUGUAUAGUUGAAGGUGAUGGUUGUCUAACUGAAGGUGAUGGUUGUCUAACUGAAGGUGAUGGUUGUCUAACUGAAGGUGAUGGUUGUCUAAUUGAAGUUGAUGGUUGUCUAACUGAAGGUGAUGGUUGUCUAACUGAAGGUGAGGGUUGUCUAACUGAAUGUGAGGGUUGUCUAACUGAAGGUGAGGGUUGUCUAACUGAAGGUGAUGGUUGUCUAACUGAAGGUGAUGGUUGUCUAACUGAAUGUGAGGGUUGUCUAAUUGAAGGUGAUGGUUGUCUAACUGAAGGUGAUGGUUGUCUAACUGAAGCUGAGGGUUGUCUAACUGAAGGUGAGGGUUGUCUAACUGAAGGUGAUGGUUGUCUAACUGAAGGUGAUGGUUGUCUAACUGAUAGUGGAGGUUGUCUUACUGAAGGUGAUGGUUGUCUAACUGAAAGUGAUGGUUGUCUAACUGAAGGUGAUGGUUGUCUAACUGAAGGUGAUGGUUGUCUAACUGAAUGUGAGGGUUGUCUAACUGAAGGUGAGGGUUGUCUUACUGAAGGUGAUGGUUGUCUAACUGAAGGUGAUGGUUGUCUAACUGGAGGUGAUGGUUGUCUAACUGAAGGUGAGGGUUGUCUAACUGAAUGUGAGGGUUGUCUAACUGAAUGUGAGGGUUGUCUAACUGGAGGUGAUGGUUGUCUAACUGAAAGUGAUAGUUGUCUAACUGAAGGUGAGGGUUGUCUAACUGAAGGUGAUGGUUGUCUAACUGAAGGUGAUGGUUGUCUAACUGAAGGUGAUGGUAGUCCAACAGAAGGUGAUGGUUGUCUAACUGAAGGUGAGGGUUGUCUAACUGAAAGUGAUGGUUGUCUAACUGAAAGUGAUGGUUGUCUAACUGAAUGUGAUGGUUGUCUAACUGAAAGUGAUAGUUGUCUAACUGAAGGUGAGGGUUGUCUAACUGAAGGUGAGGGUUGUCUAACUGAAGGUGAUGGUUGUCUAACUGAAGGUGAUGGUUGUCUAACUAAAGGUAAUGGUUGUCUAACUGAAGGUGAGGGUUGUCUAACUGAAGGUGAUGGUUGUCUAACUGAAUGUGAGGGUUGUCUAACUGAAGGUGAUGGUUGUCUAACUGAAGGUGAUGGUUGUCUAACUGAAUGUGAUGGUUGUCUAACUGAAGGUGAUGGUUGUCUAACUGAAGGUGAUGGUUGUCUAACUGAAGGUGAUGGUAGUCCAACAGAAGGUGAUGGUUGUCUAACUGAAGGUGAGGGUUGUCUAACUGAAAGUGAUGGUUGUCUAACUGAAAGUGAUGGUUGUCUAACUGAAUGUGAUGGUUGUCUAACUGAAAGUGAUAGUUGUCUAACUGAAGGUGAGGGUUGUCUAACUGAAUGUGAGGGUUGUCUAACUGAAUGUGAGGGUUGUCUAACUGGAGGUGAUGGUUGUCUAACUGAAAGUGAUAGUUGUCUAACUGAAGGUGAUGGUUGUCUAACUGAAGGUGAUGGUUGUCUAACUAAAGGUGAUGGUUGUCUAACUGAAGGUGAGGGUUGUCUAACUGAAAGUGAUAGUUGUCUAACUGAAUGUGAGGGUUGUCUAACUGAAGGUGAUGGUUGUCUAACUGAAGGUGAUGGUUGUCUAACUGAAGGUGAUGGUUGUCUAACUGAAGGUGAUGGUAGUCCAACAGAAGGUGAUAGGUGUCCAACUGAAGGUGAUGGUUGUCUAACUGAAGGUGAUGGUUGUCUAACUGAAGGUGAUAGGUGUCCAACUGAAGGUGAUGGUUGUCUAACUGAAGGUGAUGGUAGUCCAACAGAAGGUGAUGGUUGUCUAACUGAAGGUGAUGGUUGUCCAACAGAAUGUGAUGGUUGUCUAACUGAAGGUGAUGGUUGUCUAACUGAAGGUGAUGGUUGUCUAACUGAAUGUGAGGGUUGUCUAACUGAAGUUGAUGGUUGUCUAACUGAAGGUGAUGGUUGUCUAACUGAAGGUGAUGGUUGUCUAACAGAAGGUGAUGGUAGUCCAACAGAAGGUGAUUGUUGUCUAACUGAAGGUGAUGGUUGUCUAACUGAAGGUGAUGGUUGUCUAACUGAAGUUGAUGGUUGUCUAACUGAAGGUGAUGGUUGUCUAACUGAAGGUGAUGGUUGUCUAACUGAAGGUGAUGGUUGUCUAACUAAAGGUGAUGGUUGUCUAAGUGAAGGUGAGGGUUGUCUAACUGAAGGUGAUGGUUGUCUAACUGAAUGUGAGGGUUGUCUAACUGAAGGUGAUGGUUGUCUAACUGAAGGUGAUGGUUGUCUAACUGAAUGUGAUGGUUGUCUAACUGAAGGUGAUGGUUGUCUAACUGAAGGUGAUGGUUGUCUAACUGAAGGUGAUGGUAUUCCAACAGAAGGUGAUUGUUGUCUAACUGAAGGUGAUGGUUGUCUAACUGAAGGUGAUGGUUGUCUAACUGAAGUUGAUGGUUGUCUAACUGAAGGUGAUGGUUGUCUAACUGAAGGUGAUGGUAGUCCAACAGAAGGUGAUGGUUGUCUAACUGAAAGUGAUAGUUGUCUAACUGAAGGUGAGGGUUGUCUAACUGAAUGUGAGGGUUGUCUAACUGAAUGUGAGGGUUGUCUAACUGGAGGUGCUGGUUGUCUAACUGAAAGUGAUAGUUGUCUAACUGAAGGUGAUGGUUGUCUAACUGAAGGUGAUGGUUGUCUAACUAAAGGUGAUGGUUGUUUAACUGAAGGUGAGGGUUGUCUAAAUGAAGAUGAUGGUUGUCUAACUGAAUGUGAGGGUUGUUUAACUGAAGGUGAUGGUUGUCUAACUGAAGGUGAUGGUUGUCUAACUGAAUGUGAUGGUUGUCUAACUGAAGGUGAUGGUUGUCUAACUGAAGGUGAUGGUUGUCUAACUGAAGGUGAUGGUAGUCCAACAGAAGGUGAUUGUUGUCUAACUGAAGGUGAUGGUUGUCUAACUGAAGGUGACGGUUGUCUAACUGAAGUUGAUGGUUGUCUAACUGAAGGUGAUGGUUGUCUAACUGAAGGUGAUGGUAGUCCAACAGAAGGUGAUAGGUGUCCAACUGAAGGUGAUGGUUGUCUAACUGAAGGUGAUGGUUGUCUAACUGAAGUUGAUGGUUGUCUAACUGAAGGUGAUGGUUGUCUAACUGAAGGUGAUGGUAGUCCAACAGAAGGUGAUGGUUGUCUAACUGAAGGUGAUGGUUGUCCAACAGAAUGUGAUGGUUGUCUAACUGAAGGUGAUGGUUAUCUAACUGAAGGUGAUGGUUGUCUAACUGAAUGUGAGGGUUGUCUAACUGAAGUUGAUGGUUGUCUAACUGAAGGUGAUGGUUGUCUAACUGAAGGUGAUAGUUGUUUAACUGAAGGUGAUAGGUGUCCAACUGAAGGUGAUGGUUGUCUAACUGAAGGUGAUGGUUGUCUAACUGAAGGUGAUGGUUGUCUAACUGAAGGUGAUGGUAGUCCAACAGAAGGUGAUUGUUGUCUAACUGAAGGUGAUGGUUGUCUAACUGAAGGUGAUGGUUGUCUAACUGAAGUUGAUGGUUGUCUAACUGAAGGUGAUGGUUGUCUAACUGAAGGUGAUGGUAGUCCAACAAAAGGUGAGGGUUGUCUAACUGAAUGUGAGGGUUGUCUAACUGAAUGUGAGGGUUGUCUAACUGGAGGUUAUGGUUGUCUAACUGAAAGUGAUAGUUGUCUAACUGAAGGUGAUGGUUGUCUAACUGAAGGUGAUGGUUGUCUAACUAAAGGUGAUGGUUGUCUAACUGAAGAUGAGGGUUGUCUAACUGAAGGUGAUGGUUGUCUAACUCAAUGUGAGGGUUGUCUAACUGAAGGUGAUGGUUGUCUAACUGAAGGUGAUGGUUGUCUAACUGAAUGUGAUGGUUGUCCAACUGAAGGUGAUGGUUGUCUAACUGAAGGUGAUGGUUGUCUAACUGAAGGUGAUGGUAUUCCAACAGAAGGUGAUUGUUGUCUAACUGAAGGUGAUGGUUGUCUAACUGAAGGUGAUGGUUGUCUAACUGAAGUUGAUGGUUGUCUAACUGAAGGUGAUGGUUGUCUAACUGAAGGUGAUGGUAGUCCAACAGAAGGGUCCGUCCCACCUGGUUGGACUAUCAUUCACCCUGCCCAGUGUAGCUCCUUUAUAAUACCUACCUUUGCUAUAAACAAGUCUGACGUAUCAUAA